GCCUUUCCUCCAAGAGAUGGGGAGGAGGGGAGCGGCGAGGAGGAAGAGGGGAAGUUGGCGCAUGCGCCUAAGCCUGACGGGUUUGAAAUGGCUUCGGUGCUAGCUGGGAUCCGACUCAGGUGAAGGUCUGGUCCUCGCGAUUGGAGCUCCGGGCGGCCAAACAGGGGUCUUAACGUCCUGUCGAGUCCACGGAGAGGGCCCGGAACAACUAUUUUGGUAGCGCGGCGUCCGUAGGCUAGAGACGAUCGCUGCUAUAGAAGACAAACGAACGAAAGUUUUUUUCCCCUUUCGUCAUGGCCCAGUUUGGAGGACAGAAGAAUCCGCCAUGGGCUACUCAGUUUACAGCCACUGCGGUAUCUCAGCCAGCUGCAUUGGGUGUUCAGCAACCAUCACUCCUUGGAGCAUCUCCUACCAUUUAUACACAGCAAACUGCAUUGGCAGCAGCAGGCCUUACCACACAAACCCCAGCAAACUAUCAGUUAACUCAAAGUGCAGCAUUACAACAACAAGCCGUAGCUGCAGCAGCUGCAUUGCAACAGCAAUAUUCACAACCUCAGCAGGCCCUCUAUAGUGUGCAACAACAGUUACAGCAACCUCAGCAGACUCUUUUAACACAGCCAGCUGUUGCACUGCCUACAAGCCUUAGCCUGUCUACUCCUCAGCCUGCAGCACAGAUAACUGUAUCAUAUCCAACACCAAGGUCCAGUCAACAACAAACCCAACCUCAGAAACAGCGUGUUUUUACAGGGGUGGUUACCAAACUACACGAUACUUUUGGAUUUGUGGAUGAAGAUGUAUUUUUUCAGCUUAGUGCUGUAAAAGGGAAAACCCCUCAAGUGGGAGACAGAGUAUUGGUUGAAGCUACAUAUAAUCCCAAUAUGCCUUUUAAAUGGAAUGCACAAAGAAUCCAAACGCUGCCAAAUCAGAAUCAGUCCCAAACCCAACCCUUACUGAAGACUCCUCCUGCAGUACUUCAGCCUAUUGCACCGCAGACAACAUUUGGUGUUCAGGCUCAACCCCAGCCACAGUCCCUGCUGCAGGCACAGAUUUCAGCAGCUUCUAUAACACCAUUAUUGCAGACUCAACCACAACCUUUAUUACAGCAGCCACAGCAGAAAGCUGGUUUAUUGCAGCCUCCUGUCCGUAUAGUUUCACAGCCACAACCAGCACGAAGGUUAGAUCCACCAUCCAGAUUUUCAGGAAGGAAUGACAGAGGGGAUCAAGUGCCUAACAGAAAAGAUGACCGAAGUCGUGAAAGGGAGAGAGAAAGACGUAGAUCCAGGGAAAGAUCUCCUCAGAGAAAACGUUCCCGGGAGAGAUCUCCUCGAAGAGAGAGAGAGCGAUCACCUCGAAGAGUUCGAAGAGUUGUUCCACGUUAUACAGUUCAGUUUUCAAAGUUUUCUUUAGAUUGUCCUAGUUGUGACAUGAUGGAACUAAGGCGUCGUUAUCAGAAUUUAUAUAUACCUAGUGACUUUUUUGAUGCUCAGUUUACGUGGGUGGAUGCUUUCCCUUUGUCAAGACCAUUUCAGCUGGGAAAUUACUGCAAUUUCUAUGUAAUGCACAGAGAAGUAGAGUCCUUAGAAAAAAAUAUGGCCAUUCUUGAUCCACCAGAUGCUGACCACUUAUACAGUGCAAAGGUAAUGCUGAUGGCUAGCCCUAGUAUGGAAGAUUUGUAUCAUAAGUCAUGUGCUCUUGCUGAAGACCCACAAGAACUUCGAGAUGGAUUUCAGCAUCCUGCUAGACUUGUAAAGUUUUUAGUGGGCAUGAAAGGCAAAGAUGAAGCCAUGGCCAUUGGAGGCCACUGGUCUCCUUCGCUGGAUGGACCAAACCCAGAAAAAGACCCUUCUGUGUUGAUUAAGACUGCUAUUCGUUGUUGUAAGGCUCUGACAGGCAUUGAUCUAAGUGUAUGCACACAAUGGUACCGUUUUGCAGAGAUUCGCUACCAUCGCCCUGAGGAGACCCACAAGGGGCGUACAGUUCCAGCUCAUGUGGAGACAGUGGUUUUAUUUUUCCCGGAUGUUUGGCAUUGCCUUCCCACCCGCUCAGAGUGGGAAACCCUCUCCCGAGGAUACAAGCAGCAGCUGGUCGAGAAGCUUCAGGGUGAACGCAAGGAGGCUGAUGGAGAACAGGAUGAAGAAGAGAAGGAUGAUGGUGAAGCUAAAGAAAUUUCCACUCCUACCCAUUGGUCUAAACUUGAUCCAAAGACAAUGAAGGUAAAUGAUCUCCGAAAAGAAUUAGAAAGUCGAGCUCUUAGUUCUAAAGGAUUAAAAUCCCAGUUAAUAGCCCGAUUGACAAAACAGCUUAAAGUAGAAGAACAAAAAGAAGAACAAAAGGAGCUAGAGAAAUCUGAAAAAGAGGAAGAGGAGGAGGAUGAUAGAAAAUCUGAAGAUGACAAAGAGGAAGAAGAAAGAAAACGUCAAGAGGAAAUGGAACGCCAGCGUCGGGAAAGAAGAUAUAUUUUGCCUGAUGAACCAGCCAUCAUUGUACAUCCAAAUUGGGCUGCAAAAAGUGGCAAGUUUGAUUGCAGUAUCAUGUCUUUAAGUGUGCUUUUGGACUACAGAUUAGAGGAUAAUAAAGAACAUUCAUUUGAGGUUUCAUUGUUUGCAGAACUUUUCAAUGAAAUGCUUCAAAGAGAUUUUGGUGUCAGAAUAUACAAAUCAUUAUUAUCUCUUCCUGAGAAAGAGGACAAAAAAGAGAAGGAAAAGAAAAGCAAAAAAGAUGAGAGAAAAGAUAAAAAAGAAGAGAGAGAUGAUGAAACUGAUGAGCCAAAACCCAAGCGGAGAAAAUCAGGCGAUGAUAAAGAUAAAAAGGAAGAUAGAGAUGAAAGAAAGAAAGAGGAUAAAAGAAAAGAUGAUUCUAAAGAUGAUGAUGAAACUGAAGAAGAUAAUAAUCAAGAUGAAUAUGAUCCAAUGGAAGCAGAAGAAGCAGAGGAUGAAGAAGAUGAUCGGGAUGAGGAAGAAAUAAACAAAAGAGAUGACAAAAGAGAUAUCAACAGAUACUGCAAGGAGAGGCCCUCUAAAGAUAAGCUUCCAUUGCAUUUUCUUCAGGAAAAAGAAAAGACUCAGAUGAUCACAAUUAACAGAGAUCUGUUAAUGGCAUUUGUUUAUUUUGAUCAAAGCCAUUGUGGUUACCUUCUUGAAAAGGAUUUGGAAGAAAUACUUUAUACUCUUGGACUACAUCUUUCUCGGGCUCAGGUAAAGAAACUUCUUAAUAAAGUAGUACUCCGUGAAUCUUGCUUCUACCGGAAAUUAACAGACACCUCAAAAGAUGAAGAAAACCAUGAAGAGUCUGAAGCAUUGCAGGAAGAUAUGCUAGGAAACAGGUUGUUGCUUCCAACACCAACAGUAAAGGAAUUAAAGGAUGUAGAAGAGAAUGUUGGCCUUAUUGUGUACAAUGGUGCAAUGGUAGAUGUAGGAAGCCUCUUGCAAAAAUUGGAAAAGAGUGAAAAAGUGAGGGCUGAAGUAGAACAGAAACUACAGUUACUCGAAGAAAAAACAGAUGAAGAUGAAAAAACCAUAUUAAAUUUGGAGAAUUCCAACAAAAACCUCUCUGGUGAACUCAGAGAAGUUAAAAAGGACCUUAGUCAGUUGCAAGAAAACUUAAAAGUUUCGGAAAACAUGAAUUUGCAAUUUGAAAACCAGUUGAAUAAGACAAUCAGAAACUUAUCCACAGUAAUGGAUGAAAUCCACACUGUUCUUAAGAAGGAUAAUGUGAAGAAUGAAGAUAAAGAUCAGAAAUCCAAGGAGAAUGGAGCAAAUCUAUGAUAAAAAAGACAUGUGUUGAUCAAAAAUGAUGUUAAAUAAUGUAAUAUAUAAAAAUCAUGACACAAGAAUGUUUGGAAGUGAUGCAUGUUUGAUUCUAGUACUAUAAAUAUCUGUUAGUUAAAAUGAUGUAUAAAGUUUUAUGAAUGUGCGUCUUUGCUUUUGAAAAUUGCUUGUAAUUCCUGGCAUUCAGAUUAUUAAACACUCCUUGAGUGAAAUAAUUUUGCAUUGCAAAAUGUUUUAGGAUGAACUUUGUUAUAGUUUUAACCCCAAUAAAGUUCAUCAAUCUAAUUGACAGUAGUAUUUAAUUAUACCAAAUGUCUUAUUAAGAUACCUAGAAAAUUAUAAUU